AAGAAAAUGAAAGAGAAUAUAGAAACGGAAACUUCCACAGCCGAGACGAUGUCUGGUUCUGUGUGGCGAGGUUUGAUUGUAGGGGCAAUAUGUAUCCUUAUUUUGCCGAGAUGUUAUAAGGCCAUACGACGCUAUCGAAAGGCGUCCAAGAAGAAAAACUCCUCAAGACCUGCGUCGAGGACAGACACUCAAGACUCUGAUAUUGUGGCGUCAAAUGAGCCAGAGUCAAGACCUCCGCCGUACGCGAAUUUGAUUCAUGAAGAUGGACGUCCUAUGCUAGAAGCUGAAUAUGAGGAAAUGGCAGCUGCAGCUGCUAUGCAUAUGCAUUCGCCUAGGAUGGAUUCAUGUUCGUCUAACCUAAGUGGUGUAUUGAUAAACCAGGCAUUCGCCGUGGUAGAGUUCGUUCUUGGAGGACCGAACGACAGUGAUUCCGAUUAGGGAGACUUCAAAACAAGUUUGAUUGUUUGUGUUCUAUGAAUUUAAUUAGUUUGCAUGCUUCUUCUUUCCCAGGCAUUCGCCGUAGUAGAGUUCGUUCUUUUCUUGAUUGGUUUAUGAAUUUGGCCCCUUGUGGCAUCUA